GCUCUCCUCCUACAAGGGUGUGUCGUCGGCCACCAUCGCGUUAACCUCAAUGAAAACAUAUCACCUGCAGCUAACAGCUUCGCCGCAAAACCGCCUGACAGCAGCGCGACACCCGCAUCAGCUGACGUCGAUAAGUACAUGAACUGGGAUGUCUGCAGCCGACUGGUACGCUCACAAAUCGCUCGGAGACGGACUCUUCUGGAUCCAGGAGCGAUUUUACCAGUCGGAGAACCGGGCCAACAUCUGGCUGCUACGCGGCACACACCAGGACGUGGUGAUAGACACGGGUCUGGGCUUGAGGAGCUUACCUGACUACAUCGACGCUAAAAGGCUGCUCGGCGAGGAUCCGCAGAGGAAGAACCCGCUGCUGGCCAUCGCCACCCACGCCCACUUCGACCACUCGGGCGGGCUGCAUCAGUUCCAACAGGUGGGCGUCCACAGCGCCGAGGUCGAUGCCCUGGCCAACGGAGACAACUUCGAGACGGUCACCUGGCUCAGCGACAGGGAGAUAGCCGAGGCUCCCAGUCCAGGAUGGAGGGCAAGGCACUACAAAGUCAAGGCUGUACAGCCCACACACAUACUGCAGGAGGGUGACGUCAUUAACCUGGGUGACAGACAGCUCACAGUGCUUCACAUGCCGGGUCACUCUCGGGGCAGCAUCUGCCUCCACGACCGUGACAAUAAGAUGCUUUUCAGUGGAGAUGUUGUGUACGACGGCGCCAUGAUCGACUGGCUGCCAUACAGCCACGUCAGUGACUACAUCAGCAGCUGUGAGCGUCUGGUGGGGCUGGUGGACAGCGAACAGGUUGAUCAAGUCCUCCCAGGACACUACAACACCUUUGGUGCCAAACGGCUCCAUCGGAUUGCAUCCACAUAUAUCAGCAGAGCUGGAACCUGCCCCGCAAAGUUCUCUACAUUCGCCUGGAGUACUCUGGCUGGGGUGGCGUUGCGGGCAUCUAAUCCACGGAGUGCCUGCUAAUGAGAGGGGAUCAAGGAGCUGGAGGAAGCACAAGUGCACAAAAACAAAUUGUAUGAUUAUGGAGGACAUGAUGAAGGGUGAGGAGGCCCUAAUUUAUCUGUAUCUCGAUGUAACUUUAUUCAUUUACUUAUGUAAUCCAACAGAAAUCAUAUAAUUGCCAAACUUUCUGUAAAAUGCCCCUAUUGGGUUACAUGAGUCAAUAAUCAGUAUCAUAUGAAGCGUAAAAUAUAAAAUAUUUAUUAGUGGAUUCUGUUAUAUACUGAUGAAUAUGUAUUUCUUGGGUUUAAUAUGAUUAGAUGUAUGUUUUUUAUACUUUAAGCAGUUGUGAAGUUCCAAUAGCACAACAAAUGGUACAACUCUGCACUACAAACAGAAAACAGGGAGCUUUGGGUUCUCCGACAUUUGAAACAGAGUCAAUAUGGCCAUAGUAUUUCUCUAUGCAUAUUACACAGCUCAGUGAAGACUCAGCAUCCACUACCUCCUAUGUUUGUAACAGUGCUUUGUACAAUUGACUAAUCUAUGGCUUUGCUAUCGAAACAUUGACAAUAAAGCCUCUGAUCUACC